UCUCGGUGUUUAUCAUCAGAUUUCUGCUGCAAAGAAAAAAUAACGAAUCAAAUAGAGUUGCUAGAGAAAGAUGUCUCAUUUUCGGUGAAGUGCAAGAUUGAUUUCUGUAUUUUUUACGUAGCCCCUGUAGUUGUAUUGGUGUUGCUGUUGGUCACACGUCGGAAGCUAGUACUACACACGCCGCGAUCUGUCCGCCAAUGGCUCCUACUUUUCGGUUGCAAAGAGUCAUUGCUUCAUGAUCAUCACCCAUUCAUCUGUGUCGUCGGUGAGGUCUUGUCAGGAGUAGCAAAAGCCGGCAUGUUGUGAUUUUCUAAAGUCACGGAUCUAGUAGCAGCCUGAGUCAGUUUUUACGAUUCUCGUUUUCCACAAUUUUUCCUUCUCCCUAAACAGGCACGGCGCAAGAUUGACACGCCUUUGUUGGCAAUGGAACAUGAUUACAACGAUCAUGACUGUACAUCAUGCUAGAAUGUGAACCUUUCUGCUCAUCUUCUUUUGCAUCGUUCGGACCCGCACGAAAUUAUUUCCGGUGUCACGUAGUAGAUGUAGACGGUAGAGGAUCGCCACAGCACUAGAAAUCAUGCCGGUGUGUGCCCAGGUGGAGCUGCUCGAGGGGGAUGACCGGAAGAAAAACUGGGUGUACUUCCGGCCCGCGUUGGUGAAAACGAAGGCCCACGGCCACCUGUCGUCCGAAGACGAGGCGCGCAACCGGAAGGCGCGAGGAACCUGGAUCAUUUUCUUCUCGGGCGACAUAUGGAAGCGUCAGGUUUGAAAUCGUCAAAGUUGAAAUAAUUUGUAAUGCAUAAAAUGCAUGACCCGAGGCACGUGUGUUCCAGAGCAGGCAAGUGAGGCCGAUUGUAAGCCUGUUUGGGGUUACAGCUCGAGCUGCUAAAGUAGCAUGAGAAAAUCGCUCUUCUUUGCCUAAACAGCAUGACAAACUGGAUUUAGGGACCACCGAAAUUUGUCAUGCGCCACUUGGGAACUGGGUUCCAACUGGCAUCCAUUUUAUGCAUUACAAAUUAUUUUAACUUUGACCAUUUCAAACCUGACGCUUCUAUACGACAUCUCGGAUUUCGCGGGGACCGCGCGGAAACAGAAAUCUCCGUUUGGGGAAGAGUAUGCACUGCAAAACAAGUGUAGGUCUUCUUGGGCACGUACGAAUUUUUGCAAUAGUUGUACUGUCGUGCGCUGAAGACAGGAGAUCUGCUUUCAUCUAUACCUGAAGGAUAAUCUGCGUGACAGAUCGCAUUAUUUCUCUAGUACGAUGAAUAUAUGAAGGAUCACCACAUGCUAUUCACAUACGCGUUGGACAAAACAACUUUUGCAGUGCAUAGGGAGUACAGCGUAGACAUGAUGAUGUGGCUGCUGAGUGCCCGGUUUGCGGUAUCGAAUGUAAAAAUGUCUGGGUCUGGAAGAGUCCAAAUUUGUGAUGCUGAAUUUGGAUUCCAAAAAAAUCUGGAUUGCAUGAGCAGCAAAGGGAGUGUAAUUUUUGCUACGCGGAGAGGGCAUUUGUCAUGCGGAAAAGGCAUCGCGAAGCCCUCAAAAAAUCUGUAAUGCUAAGGCAUGCAUCACAGACAUUAUGGGUCAUGGAAAAUAUGCAUGACUAGUCUCAGAAUCUUCCAGACCCAGACAUUUUUACAUUUGAUAUGCGGACCACGCGAACAUCUUUGUCGUACGGGCCGAAACCGUGAAUUCCGAGUUUUCCGCGGUCUACCGCAACUUUCUCCGGAUCCAGCAGGGGUCGCACACGGGCGAGCCUUUGCGGCUGAGCAGUGAGAAUCUGAUCCACAUCUACACCCAGGAGCAGGUCGAUGGGCUGUCCAUGCGGCACCUGCCCUCGCACCACCACCACCGCGGCUCGGACCUCAUGGCGCCGCCGAGGGCCUCCGAGUCAGCCGGCGGCGCGACGCGCAUGAGUCUCGUGGAAGACAACUACAGGACAACGACUGCCUCUGGGAUGAAAGAGAGUAUAGCUGCAGUGGCUCCACCUCCUGCCCCGAAGCGGAUUCUCUUCGCACCGAGAACGACGGCGGGAAUAGCCAAGGCGCUCGUGCAGGAGGACGCACGCCACCACCUGGUGGCUCCGAACAGCAACCCCAAAUUUCACGGUCCGGACGCGGACCGCAUUCACUCUAAGUUGCAGCACCACCACCUGUCCGCGCACGCGAACACCAAAGCGGGACACAGCGCGGCUACCGGCCUCACGCUCACCGUGCCGGAGAGCCACGCGGGCGGCAAGAUGCACGCGGGAGCCGCUGGACUCAAGCUAGAGCUGCACCACGUGAAAAAAACGACCAGCCCACUGAAGGAGCACCACGCGGGUGAGCACUUCCACCACGGGACCUCGUCCCCCACUACACUCACGGCGCACAAUUUAAAGGCCCUGGACAAGAAUUUUCACCACGCGCUGCACGAUAGGACGUCGAGUAAGGAGAACUACAAGCACCAUGCUGGACCACGAAUAGGGGGCGCACCACCUCCAGGUUCGCACCGCAACUCGACCGGGUCCGACAUGAGUAAGGGCAGCCGUUCGUCCCGCAUCUCCGUCCAGUCCGCGCCGCGGUCGCCGCGCAACGCGUGCGUCGUGGACGCCGUGGGGCACCUGACGAAGCUGCUCGAGGACCUAAUUUUUCACCACUACACCCCAAACUCCGCGUUGAACGCCGAUCCUUUGAUUGUGGAAGACAUCGUCCUGCUCGGCUUUUUUAUCAACAUGCAGAAAACCUUCACUGGCAUAAAAAGUUAGAUUUGCACUUGUCAAUCCAUGGAACGCGCGCAAGCGCGAGCCCAUAGGUAGUUGUACUGGGCCGUCGAGGGCGGACAAGCUGUUAGCUUUUUCUAUGGUGUACGACUCGUUCUAUGCAAGGCGACUUCGGCAAUGUGCUAGCUGUUUUUCUGCGGGAUAUUUUCCAAGGGGCAUCUGGUGUUGAACUCCCUUCUGGUCAACGCAACGGUGCUAUUACAUGGCGUUACUGCUCCAACAGAAAACACCUCUCCACCGAUGCAGCAACCCGGUCCUUAUCAGGCCUUCUGGUCCCGGGUCCGCGAGGUACACUGGCUGGACCCAGGCAAAAACGCGGCGGUGGAAACCUUCCCGCCCAAGGUGCUCUUGCUCCACCACCGGGAGCAGAUGCAGCAGGUUUCCGAAGCGGUAGCUUUUGAGUGCCAGGCUGGCUCCUGCAGGUUCUGCUUCCACGGCACACCGUAUGAGAGUACGUGACUCCCUCUCGUCCUUGUCGUUCGUCAUGCAAAAACGCAGUUCUAGCUGUUGCCUUUUGGCGCUGCUUGCAUUGCAGGUUUCUGCAGCCCAUCAAACAGUACUUACUACAUUCUUGCAUGGAUUGGUGCUCCAGAGGCUGCACCUUCGCUAACGCUUCUAUUGCUGUUCAUGCUACAUUUAUUCGAAUGAGGGGAAGGAGAGUUGUGCUUGUGCGUGGUCAUACGCCACGACAGCUGCACGACCCGGAGGAGCCGACGAUGCGGGGCCAGUUCGACCAGGUCUCGGUGGACUGCGAGGCGCUGAGCCUACCGUUUCUGCUACCAAAGGGAAAAGAGCCACUCCACCCUUGAUAGUACUCAGCCACAUGACGCGCAGGCUGUCUUGCAUGAUUUUACCUAUUAGCACUCCAUAAUUUUUUUGGCGUGUGGGAAGGAAUUGUGAUCAUGUUCAGUAGAUUUGUACUUUGAAAAUAGCCACUGAAGGCUCUAGCAUCUAUAUCGUAGCUCUCUGCUAUUGCCGGAAGAUUGUCUACCGUAAUAAAAAAAACCCGACAGUCAGAUAUAACAUAUAGAGCCGUCAUUUGCAAGUCGAAUACAAGUUGAGUGUGUGUUAUUUUGAGGGGUGCCAGGAGCAGGCAUGUUUUGCUUUUGAUAUCCGCAGCAGUUUUAUUUCAACGAGUACAACUCCCCGGAGCUGUUCGAGCCGGAGAACGGGAACAUCGCACUCCUGAUCCACUUCAAAAUCCUGUAUCUUCAGUAAAAACGCCCCCACACCUUCUUUGUCAUUCAAAAAAAUCUGGUCGUUGCCCAGUAUGUCUGUUCUACUGCGGCGAAGUACUUACUUAGUUACCCAUGAGACCCAUUUCCUAGUCCCGGUUGGAAAAUUGUGCUGUUUCUAACGUGGACGAAGAAGUAGGCUCGUGAUGGAGCUGCUGCACUAGCUAUGUACAACCUCGCUACAGAUGAAUUCAGCCUUGUCCUCUUGAUACGUGAAGAUGAUGAGCCCCAGAAUCUCUACACGUGCGACGUUGCAGACUGUGUGGGGACGUUUUAUUUCCUUCCGUCGAUAUCCGGGAGCAGUUUGGCAGUCCCUUUCUCUUCCUGCAGCAAGAGCAAAGCUUGAGCACGUCGGGCGCCGGGGCUCAACCUCCGGCCGAGCGGACCUCGCGCAGGAGGUCCUCAAAUCGCAUGUCGGUGGUAGAAGACGAAACAUUUGCGCGCCGCAUGAGCAUCGACUCCGAGGACGACGGAGGUGCUGGAAGAAACAGCACUACUGGCGACCAGCCGUUCACGCCCGAGACGUACAAGAAAAUGUUUGGGAAACACCUCGUCGUCUGGCCCAUAAAGAAGUAAAAGAGAAACAGUACAGUAGGGCGGAAUAGUCUUUUAUUUUUGAUGCUGCUGGUGAAAUGAGUACGAGUAGUUUAAUAUUCUGUAGGCCGCUUAGUUCUACUUCGACCUUCAUCUAUUACGCAGCGGUUCCCGUGCGCCAAGCCAAGAAUUUGCGCUUGAAGGCGGGAUAAUUUUCGGCGUGUUGAACAUACGUCUACACUUCGUGUCUGUGUCAGUACAGUAGUUGAGCAGAAGCACAUUUGGUUUUCUUUCUGUCAUCGAUCUUUUUCGCAUUGAUGCUUUCAUGCGCCGGUCGCAUCUACCCUAUAUUUUUUGUUAGGGCCGAGAAAGAG